GCGGGGGCUCCGGUAACUUUCCCCCGGGAGCCCGGGGCGGGCCGGGAAGUGCGGGGGGCGCCGUCCCUUCCCGUCCCGUCCCGUCCCGCCCGCCCACCGGGGUCCCCCCCACUGGAUGCGCCGCUUCUCGCCCGGACCGAGCCGCAGCCGGGGGAAGGGAAGGGAACGCGGAGCCGCGGGUCCCGCCGCCUCGCUCUCGGAGCCGCCCGGAGGCGCCCGCCGGCUCCAGCCCCACAGCGCGGACCCGAUGCGCUCCUGAGCCUGGGCAGGCUCCGCCGAGAGAUGUUCAACCCCGUCAGCCCCCCGGGCAGCGGCUACGCCGAGCGCUGCUGCCUGCGCCCGCCCCAUGGAAUAGCUCCAGGUGCCCCGGGACCACCAGGACUCGAUUUCCCCUUAUGCCACCAGUCAAACCUUAUGAGUGGUCACCGUGGUUAUGGGCUGGUGCCAGGAGCCGAGCACCACAGUGGUGAUGGCUCACGGUUCUCAACGCCCCGUGCCGCAGGCAAGCUGGGCAAGAAGCGGGCCCUGUCCAUCUCACCGCUGUCAGACUCCAGCAUUGACCUGCAGACGGUCAUCCGCACCUCACCCAACUCCCUCGUGGCCUUCAUCAACUCCCGCUGUGCCUCUGCCAGUGGCUCCUAUGGCCACCUCUCCAUCAGCACCAUCAGCCCAUCGCUGGGAUAUCAGAGUCCCCCGGCUCAGCAGAAGGGCCAAGGCCACCUUUACAGCCACAGCGCAGCAGCAGCACCACCAUGCAGCUCCCAUGAAGCCCUGUCCACCCGCCCAGGGCUCCUGCAUCACACCCCAGCUCGUGGGACCCUCAAGCAGUGCCAGCAGCUGAAGCUGGAGUGGAGCCUGAGCAGCCCCUUGGCUGGCAAAUACCCAGAGGAGAGAUCCGAGGGUGACAUCUCCAGUCCAGCUUCCACAGGCACCCAGGACCCCUUGCUGGGGAUGCUGGAUGCUCGGGAAGAGCUGGAGAAGGAGGAUGGGAAACCCGAGUCGGAGGCUGUGUACGAAACCAAUUGCUACUGGGAUGGCUGUGCCAAGGAGUUUGACACGCAGGAGCAGCUCGUGCAUCACAUCAACAACGAACACAUCCAUGGGGAGAAGAAGGAGUUUGUGUGCCACUGGGCAGCGUGCUCCCGGGAGCAGAGACCCUUCAAGGCUCAGUACAUGCUGGUGGUGCACAUGCGACGGCACACGGGCGAGAAGCCCCACAAGUGCACGUUCGAGGGCUGUAACAAAGCCUACUCACGCCUGGAGAACCUCAAGACCCACCUGCGCUCGCACACGGGCGAAAAACCCUACGUGUGCGAACACGAGGGCUGCAACAAGGCCUUCUCCAACGCUUCUGACCGGGCCAAGCAUCAGAACCGCACUCACUCCAAUGAGAAGCCCUACGUGUGCAAGAUUCCGGGCUGCACCAAGCGCUACACGGACCCCAGCUCGCUGCGCAAGCACGUGAAGACGGUGCACGGCCCCGAUGCCCACGUCACCAAGAAGCACCGAGGGGACGCGGUGCCGGGGCGUCCCCUGCCCACCCCCAGCGGCCCCCCAGACAUGAAGCAGGAGAAAGACACAAACGGCCCCGGCGACGGCCAUAAGGAUGACGGCAAACUCUUGGUGCCCGACUUGGCCUUGAAGCCCCAGCCCAGCCCUGGCGGGCAGUCAUCGUGCAGCAGCGGCCAUUCCCCCCUCGGCAGCACCACCAACAACGACAGCGGGGUGGAGAUGGCCGGCAACGCCGGCGGCAGCUACGAGGACCUGUCCACACUGGAGGAUGCGCCCGGUGAGCCCAUGGGCACCUCGGGGCUCAUGGCCCUCCACAAGCUGGAGAACCUUCGCAUCGACAAACUGAAGCAGAUGAGGAAGCCAUCAGCUCCCAAGGGCCUGAAUUUGCCACCUAUCCCCGGAGCCGGGGAGAUGCCCAGGCCACCGGCGGCCGCCUCGCACCGGCGCCUGGCGGCAGCAGGGAUGAGCACAACUCUGAGCGAGCGCCGCAGCAGCGGCACCAGCACCGUGAGCUCAGCCUACACCGUGAGCCGCCGCUCGUCCCUGGUGUCCCCGUACCUGCCCGGCCCGUACCCGAGCGGCGAGGCCGGGGCCUUGCCCGGCGCCGCAGCCCUGCCCGAUGGCUACGACCCCAUCUCUCCGGAUGCAUCCCGACGCUCCAGCGAUGCCAGCCACGGCGGGGGGCUGCCGGGGGUGGGCAGCCUUACCCCAGCCCAGCGCUAUCGUCUCAAGGCCAAAUACGCCGCGGCCACAGGCGGUCCCCCCCCAACACCGCUGCCCAGCGUGGAGCGGGCGGGCAUGGGUGCCCACAGCAGCUUCGUAGGGCACUGCGCCGGGCCGGCGGAGCCCCGCGCCCUCGCCAAUGGGUUGCUGCGGAGGCACAGCUCCAAUGACCCCCCCGGCUGCGCGGGCGCUGCUCCCCAUCCCUUGGUGCCUCGCAGCAGCGUGCGCCGGGCCAGCGACCCUUCCCGGAGCGCGGCCAACGCUCCCGCUGCGCCCAGGGUGCAUCGCUUCAAGAGCGUGGGCAACGUCAACGCGCCGGGCGCCGGCAGAGCCGCUCUGCAGCCCUUGGGUGGCCCCGAUGGCAGCCUGCAGCGCCGAGGCUUCGCUGAGCACGUCUUCCUGGAGAGCCCAGGCCCGGAGCCUGCCUUGGCAGGGCUGGAGCAGUACUUGGAGUACGCCGAGGAAAGCUUCCCGUGCCAUAGGGCGGGCGCGGAGCUCCAGUGUGAAGCUCCCUAUGGCAGCAGCCACCGGCCCGCGGCGUGCCUGCAGCUGAACCCAGGAGGCCCCAGGGACAUGGAGGAGGGUUUACUGCAGCCCGAGUUCUGCCUCCCGCAGUGCCAGCUGAACCAGCACUUCACCACGCUGCACGCUGGCGCCGGGGCCGUGCCUGCGCCGUGGGAUGAGCAUCCCCAAAGCAACGUGGAGAUGAGCUCCGGGCAGCCCGGGGUCAGUGCCAUGGCUGGGUCACCCUUUCACCAUCAGAGCACCGAGUACCAACUGCCCGGCGCUUGCGGGCAGCAGCCCAGGCUUGUGAGCUCGUGCCAGGACAACGGGUACCCCGGGGGGCACCGGCUCCACCGACCUCACAUCAAAUCAGAGCAGCGGUACCCAGCCCCUACCCCAGCGCUUGCUCCCUGCCAGAACCCCAAACUCGCUGGGCACCUGCAGCCUCCGGCAUCCUUCGGCCAAGCCGUGAACGCAGGGCACGGAGGUUUCCAGCCUGAGGAGCAGGCGCCCAUGGGUUACAUGGGCAUGCUGAGCCCGAGCGGGAGAAGAGACCAGACCCCCACCAUGCAGAGCAAGGAGGUGAUGGUCCGGAGCUACGUGCAGGCCCAGCAGGCUCUGAUGUGGGGAGCCCAAGCAGCCCCCAAGGGAGGGGAGGCUGCGCUGCGCCCGGGCACCGAGCCCGGGCAGUGCCACGCCGUGCAGUGCCCCGGUUACCAACCCAAAGCAGAGAACCCGCAGGCUCUGCCAGAGACCCAGCACCUCCUGCAUGCCCCAUGCUUCAACCCUGAGCUGGGGCCGCAUCCGCCCGGCGGCCCUAAACCCCAAGGGCACCCGAACAACCUGAACUACGCAGGGCACCUGCCCCAGCCAAGCCAUUCCUAUGAGGCAAUGGAAGCCAGCUCCCGGCGCUCGCAUCGCCUGCUCCCUGCCCGCCCCACACUUGAGGGGCCCAAUAACGCCCUGCAUUAUUACCCUGCCCAGGGCACACACAUGGGCAAAGGUGGGCAUAAACUGCUGGGCCAAACGGCAGCAAGCUGUGGGGCUCCUGGGCAUUAUGGGGGGAGCAUGGAGGGGCUCAAAGGCAGCUCGUGUCACUACCUGGAUUCGGGGGAGCAAGUGGCCAACAGCCUGGACUCCUUGGACCUGGAGAACACGCACCUUGACUUUGCUGCCAUCGUGGAAGAACCGGAGCUGCCCGCGCUGCUGCCGGGGCCCCCGAGCCCUGCUGGGGCUCUGCUGCCUGCAUCCGGGGGUGCCAACAUGGCUGUGGGGGACAUGAGCUCCAUGCUGAGCACCCUGGCAGGGGAAAGCCAUUUCCUCAACUCCCUGUCUUAAGCAGGAGGUACCGGGCAUCAGGUGGGCCCGUCUGCAC